ACAAAUUGCUGCUUCACAAAAAAACAAAAAACAAAAAACGUAGCACCAGUAGCCGCCUUUUCCCCAUCUCCACUGGCCGCCGCCGGCGACAUCGCCGGCGCCGCCGAGCUCCACCGCUCCGAUCCCACUCCGAACAGCCGAGCUGCGGUUUCCAAGGAACCGCGGGCGAGCCGAGCCCGACCCGUUAUCAGCCCCGUUUUUUUAACGGGGCAGUGUCCAAGUCCAACUCCGCCUCUUCCACGCUUCGGCUUCCAUCCAAUCAUCUGCAUCGUCGUCGCCGGCGAGCGCCAUGAGGCCGACCUCCCGCAUACUGGCCGCGGGCCACCUCCUCCGCGGCUCACGCUCACGCUACGACCCCUCGCCGGUCGCCGCUGCCGCCCCCAUAUUCCGGCGGCCGCCGACCGUGCCGAGGCCUCUCCCGAGCCCUCUGCUCGGAGGCUUCGGGCCGAAUUGUUGGGUUUAUCCCGGCGACGGGAAGUAUGCCCCCUUUGGUCGCCUCAGCUGCUUCAUGUCGGACUCCACCUACCCGCCGCCUCCCCGCGAUGUGAGAGGACAUGCAUUUUCCACAUCUGCCAAUGCUGUGGCAGUUGGGAAAUCAUCUGAUGACAAAGUGAAGAAAGAUAUCUCCAAAAAGGAUGUUGAUGAUCAGAUAGCAGAUACACAGAUACUGAAAAACCUUGGGAAAUACUUAUUGUUGAAUGAUAGCCCGGAUUUCCGCUUCAGGCUUAUAUUGUCAUUGGGCCUCUUAGUUGGGGCAAAGGUUAUAAAUGUUCAAGUGCCUUUCUUGUUUAAGCUUGCUGUCGAUUGGCUUGCAGCCCUUGCUGGUGCUGAAACUUCACUUGCAUCAUUCACAGAGGCUAAUGCUACCCUAUUGGCUCUCUUUGCAAGCCCAGCAGCUGUUCUGAUUGGAUAUGGAAUUGCACGAUCGGGAGUAUCAGCCUGUACAGAACUGCGAAAUGCUGUCUUUUCUAAAGUGACAUUGAGAGCCAUCCGUUCAGUCUCCAGUACGGUAUUUUCGCACUUGCAUGAGCUUGAUCUUCGUUAUCAUCUAAGCCGGCAAACUGGUGCCCUAAAUCGCAUAAUUGAUCGAGGUAGUCGUGCGAUAAAUUACAUCCUUACAGUGAUGGUGUUCAAUGUUGUUCCCACAAUAUUGGAGAUUGGUAUGGUGUCAAGUAUACUUGCAUACAAAUUUGGUUCCACCUUUGCUUGGAUUACUUCAGUUUCUGUUGCUACUUAUAUUGCUUUCACCUUGGCUGUGACGCAGUGGCGGACCAAAUUCAGGACAGCCAUGAAUAAAGCUGAUAACGCUUCUAGCACAGUGGCAGUUGACUCCCUUCUGAACUAUGAGACUGUCAAGUACUUCAACAAUGAACAAUUUGAAGUUGAGAAGUAUGACAAAUAUUUAAAGAAGUAUGAGGAUGCUGCACUGAAAACCCAAAGUAGCCUUGCCUACCUGAACUUUGGACAAAAUAUCAUAUUUAGCUCGGCUUUAUCCACGGCUAUGGUUUUGAGUUCAUACGGUGUAAUGAGUGGUGCUCUGACUGUCGGUGAUUUGGUUAUGGUUAAUGGUCUUCUAUUCCAACUUUCUUUGCCUCUGAACUUCCUUGGAAGUGUCUAUCGAGAAUCUAGGCAAAGCCUGAUUGACAUGAAGUCUAUGUUUCAAUUGCUUGAGGAAAAACCUGGAAUAAAGGAUGAACCACAUGCACAGCCUUUGCAGUUCAAGGGAGGACGCAUUGAAUUUGAGAACGUGCAUUUUGGGUACGUACCAGAAAGGAAGAUUCUUAAGGGUGCCACGUUCACUGUACCUGCAGGAAAGAGUGUUGCAAUCGUUGGAACUAGUGGCAGCGGAAAGUCAACCAUACUUAGGCUUCUCUUCAGAUUUUUUGACUCCUCUUCAGGAUCUAUUCGAAUAGAUGGGCAAGAUAUCCGAGAGGUGACACUGGAUAGUCUCCGGAAGUGUAUUGGUGUUGUACCGCAAGAUACGGUACUUUUUAAUGACACAAUUAAGCAUAAUAUACAAUAUGGGCGGUUAUCAGCAACAGAUGAGGAGGUUUAUGACGUUGCCCGCCGGGCUGCUAUUCAUGAUACAAUUAUGAACUUUCCUGACAAGUACAACACAGUUGUGGGAGAGCGAGGAUUAAAGUUAAGCGGUGGGGAGAAACAACGAGUAUCAAUUGCUCGUGUAUUCUUGAAGGAACCUUCCAUUCUAUUGUGUGAUGAAGCUACAAGCGCUCUUGAUAGCACCACCGAAGCGUCAAUUUUAAAUUCUCUGAAGACUUUGUCCGUUGACCGUACCUCUAUCUUUAUUGCACAUCGACUGACAACUGCAAUGCAAUGUGAUGAGAUUAUUGUUUUGGAGAAUGGGGAGGUAGUGGAACAAGGACCACAUGAUUUUCUGCUGUCAAAGGGUGGCCGAUAUGCUGAAUUGUGGUCACAGCAGAAUAACAGUGAUGCCAUCGAUGCUGCCGCGGUUAGCUUAGAGGUUUCAUAGACUAUAUACAUAAUUCCCUUUUGCAAGGGAAAAUGCAAACCAUAUUUGAAUGAAAGAAGGCUUCCCCAUAUCUGCAUUGUAAAUUGAAUGGUUAGGUUUUUAGAUAUCGGGGAACAGAAAUUUAUAGCUUAGGAGCAAAUAACUCCGUUUGAAAGAAAGCCAGGAGGCAAAAUUUUCCUCUUUGAGGAAACACCCAACAGUUCGACAUGUUUCCAUGAUGUAAGCAUUUUUUUUACUAAUCCAAGUAAAUAUUUUUUCCCACUAAA